UUCGGCGCCCGGAUCCUCUCCAAAAACAUCACUAAGGAUACAUUUUGAACCUCUAUUGAAAGUAACAGUGGUGUGAGCGGAAGUCACGACGAUCAUGAUGUUUCAAUGGAGGAUCAUCUUGAUGAUGACAUAAAGCUGUCCAAUUCAUUAACAACUAAACUUCAAUCCGAAAUGGACUACAAAUACAAACAAUUAUCUAAUGUGAUGAAGACUGUGAAGGAUUUAAAAAAAAAAAAAAGAUUUUAAUUGUGAAUCUAUAAAAUCGAUCAUCGAGAACUCGUUCUUUAACCUGAAAAUGGAAUGUAAAAGGUUAAGUGACAAACUCUUAUCCAUCCAGAACAACGAAGAUACACGGAAAAUGUUACAAAAGGACUUUGAUGCUAAAAUGGAAAUUUUUCGCACAUUUUCGGAAAAUACGAUGGAAUGGGUUUUUGAAGUAAUUUCAAAAUAUAAGCAUCAACCAGCAGCCCGACUUUUCAGCUAACCAAUUCAUGGAUUGCAGAACGAUGAAUGACUUUCCUGACGUCUCUCCAGAAGAUAGUUUCUCACAGAUUUCCAUUCAAAGUAAAAGUCAUAUAAGUUCAGCGGCAAAUUCAGCCAAAGCCUCCCAAAUCUCCGCAAAAUCUAAACGUAGUGCAAGUUCAGCCGGGACUUCUAUUAGCGUCAUCAGAUCUCAAGAGGCAGCACACACCGUGCUGUUGGCUAAAGUGGAGAAUCAAAGAAAGCAACAGGCUCUAGAUAUGGAAGAAAUGCAGUUAAAAGCUAAGAGAAAAGCUGAGGAAAUGCAGAGAAAAGCUAAAAGAGAUCAAUUAGAAUUGGAGGCAGCUUUUGCAGAAACCGACGCAAAAUUAAAAGCACUAAUCGCAGUCCCAAAUAGACUGAGUCAGAAGCCAGAUGUGAAAUUUGAAAAGUCGUCAGAUGCGAACAGUUACAACUUUACAAAUACGAAUGAAAGUAAAAAUAAAUCCCAGCAACCGUUUUAUCAGCAACAGAAUGAAGCACUUCUUCAACAAUUGCAUCAUGAACAGCGUUACGAUCAACAGAAACAGCAACAAAACAAAGCACAAGCGCCUAAUGUACCCCAUAUAAAGGUACCAGUAUUUGAAGGCGCUCCAUUGACUUAUAUAAACUUUAUAAGAGCGUUUGAUCGAAUCAUCGACCAAGAAGUGAGUGAUCCUGGUAACAAACUAGAGUAUUUAGUACAAUUCACCAAAGGCGAACCUAGAAACAUUGCUCAGAAUAGCGCAUGCUUGCCGUCAGAAGAGGGUUAUAGAAAUGCCAGAAGAAUGUUAGAUACAUUUUAUGGAAACCACAUUCAAAUAGGAGAUGCCUACAUGAAGAAAAUCAGGAAGUGGCCACAAUUAAAAUCAGGAGAUGUAGAUGGCUUAAAGGCAUACACACUCUUCAUUGGUAAUUGUAAAAGUGUUAUGUCGGACUUAAAGAAUGGACACGAAUUCGAAAACAAUUUAAAUAUCCGUAUUAUGUUAUCAAAGCUUCCCCAAGAACUACGAGAGAUCUGGCAAAAUAAAGCAACAAAGAUCGAAAGUAAAGAAAGAAGACCAGGUCUUGCUGACUUAUAUAGAUUGUUAGAAGAACGGCUCAUAGCUUCCCUGGAUCCAAUGUAUGGCGCUUCCUAUCCAAGCUAUACCUUCAAAAGGGAAAAAGAAAAGACUGAUCACGAAAAAUAUCCAGCGAAAGGCGGAAUGAGAAAGGGCAACUUUGUCUCAAAUGUAGCAGCUACCGUUGAAAAGGGAAAUAAAAAGGAGACAACUGAGCGUAUACACGUUAUUUUACAUAUAAAUGAAGAAAAGGACUCUGAGGAUAAAGCUACAUCUCGCAAUUCCUGGGUAAUGGGUUGAGUCAUCAAGACAAUGCCAGAUGCCAAAGGUGCAGUAUGAAGAGUUUGUGUGCAAACCAAAAGCACUAAUCCAUGAGGGAUCAUAUAAUUGAAAUGACUCAUUUUCUCUUUGCAUGCCUGAUUU